GUCGCUUCUGCCGGCAUAUAGGCCUUCGUGGAGCAGGCUGCAGCUGAAGCAUCCAUCGCCUUGCUCAUGCAAAUCCCGAGCUCGCUUAUACGCCGCACUCGCUAUACCUCACCACCUGCUGUCUUGCCGUUCAACGUCGCCUACAACGCGUCGUGCUUGUCCGUAUCAUGACACUCGCGACUCGCCCUCAACUCUCCUCCUGCGCUCCCACAGGCCAGCACAGCCCGUGCGCUGGCUGAGACGGAGUUAUUUCAGCAUAUUCGGGACCCGACACAUCCCGCGCAUCACGGCUUGCUCCACGAACCUUCCUACGGACUGAAGGCCUUCGCAAUCCGUACCGCAUCACCGAAACAUAUAUACCAGUCUACCUUCAUUCCGGGACCCUGAGUUACGCAAACCCCUCAGCCGCUUGAGCUCGGAGAUGGCUGCUACCACUGCAGCACUCGAUACAGCAGAGCUGCUGGAACUUAUCCUCCUCAAUCUUGACACGAGGACAUUAUUACUAUCCCAACGAGUCGACAGACGCUGGCACCAUACCAUCCGAAACAGCAAAUCCCUCCAGAAGAAACUUUUCCUGCUUCCAACCAACUCUUUCGAAGAGAUACUGGACCUCGGCCUCCUCGAUGAGUCCCGAGCCGAGAAAUAUAACAUUCUUGACGCCACUUCCAAUCGAAGCAAAUGGUUGGAGCAGGUCGUGAUCCUCAAUGAUCUCCUCUUCGACACGACCCGGGAAUGGAAGUUGAGGAAUUGCGCUUUCGCCGACCCUAACAGAAGGUCGGGCAAGUUCAUUCCAUCAUGGCAGAGGAUGCUCCUCACUCAGCCUCCACCUAGCACUGGUCGAGGCGAUGUCAUGUUCUGGUUCGAAGACGCUCACGAUAACGACGAGCUUUGCGAGAACGUCAACACAAUGGGCGACAUGAUGCAAACCGUCUACGUCAAAGAAUCCAGUCUCGACAACUUCAACGUCCAUUGGGAUUCUGCUGCAGUGCGUCCUGUCAAACAUGCCGUCGACGGGAAAUACUACAUGAAACUCCGCCUCCAACGCGAGAAAGAUGGCUCCUCGUCAAAAAGUCGCGCUGUCAGUAUGGGUAUCACCGUCGUUAGAUCUAUCGAAUUAUCUGAUGACAACACUGUUGUCCAUGACUCAGAUCCAUAUCUGAGCUACGAACCUUCCGAGCGAGGGGGAGGAGGGAUUGACGAGGUCGGAUGGCCUGAUGAGGGUGAGGAGUUUGCGAAUUUGUGAACUCAUUCUCAGGCCAUGACCAUAUAUAUCUUGGUGAGAAAACAAAUGUGUAACGACAUGAUUAUGAAUUGAUGUUUUUUUUUUGCUUUUUCGCAAAUGGCGUGGCGUUAGGAAUACCCCCCCCCCCCCCCAAAAAAAAACUUUGUCUAUUCUUUGCUUCAGGCAUGGGAGGAGUAGGGAGUCUGGGAUAGCGGUCACACGCAUGCAGUCUUCAAUUUUCCCGUCGACCCAUUCAUUACACAUAGCUCCUUCACAUGAACUUUUGAAUUCCC